AGUAGUGGAAAGUUCAGUAACGUUAGUACUAGUCACUCCUGAACCACGGCAACAACGCAGCUUUGAAUAAGGCUUUCAGACAACUUUAGAAACAUUUACAGUAAUAAACCAGUUUGGCUGUCAUGGAAACUGAGGGCAAGGUGAUCAAGUGCAGGGCAGCAGUUGCCUGGGAACCUGGAAAACCACUGUCAAUUGAGGAAGUGGAGGUUGCUCCACCCAAAGCUCAUGAAGUGCGCAUUAAGAUAGCUGCAUCUGGAGUAUGUCACACGGACUGGACUUUCCUCCAUGAGGCUGGUAAAAAGAUGGAUCCCCAGCCUUUUCCCGUGGUUCUUGGGCAUGAGGGAGCUGGAGUGGUAGAGAGCAUUGGACCAGGUGUCACAAGAGUAUCCAAAGGAGAUAAAGUUAUUCCUCUGGUCGUGGCACAGUGUGGACAAUGUGAACGCUGCCUAAGCCCAAAGACAAACCUCUGCACUAAAAACUGGGUGCAACUUCAGCAGUGUGUACUUGCAGAUGGCACCAGCAGGAUUACCUGUAGGAAUCAACAGGUUUAUCAGUUUAUUGGUAUCAGCACUUUCUCUGAAUACACUGUUGUGCCAGAGGACAGUGUCACCAAGAUUCAUCCAGAUGCUCCGCUGGACAAAGUUUGUCUGUUGGGCUGUGGGGUCACUACGGGAUAUGGGGCAGCAGUGAACACGGGCAAAGUAGAAGCUGGUUCAACGUGUGCUGUGUUUGGUUUGGGAGCUGUCGGGCUGGCAGCCAUCAUGGGAUGCAAGGCUGCCGGUGCCUCCCGGAUUAUUGCUGUUGAUAUCAAUCCAGAUAAAUCUGAGAUUGCCAAAACAUUUGGGGCAACUGAGUUUGUGAACCCGAAAGACCACAGUAAACCCAUUCAGGAGGUGCUGAGAGAGUUGACUAAAGGUGGUGUUGACUUCUCUAUUGAAUGUGUGGGAAAUGUGGAUGUUAUGAGAGCUGCUAUGGAAGCGUGCACUCCUGCAGGAGGAGUUUGUGUGAUGGUGGGCUGGACUCAGAAAGGGGAACUUUCGCUGGUCUCUCAAGAUAUCCUGCUAGGAAAAACUCUAAAAGGCUCAUAUUUUGGUGGUUGGAAGAGUGCAGACGGAGUGUCCAAGCUGGUGCAGGAUUACAUGAGUGGUCGACUAAUGCUGGAUGAGUUUGUGACCCACCCACUGACUCUAGAUCAAGUUAACCAGGCUUUUGAUCUCAUGAUCACAGGGAAAAGUAUUCGUUCAGUGCUCAAGAUGUAAAAUGAAAGUGACAUUUAAUCUCCCUAAUACACACUAUCCAUAUGCUGUCCAGUCAGGACAUCUAAGGGAGGAAUCAGUGUUAUCAUCAUGUAUAAGUGUUAGAAAAUGUAUACUUUUUAAGUGCUUAUCUUCUAUAAACAUUUCUUGAGCUACAGUAUCUGUUCCUUUACACACAAUAAAGCUUAAUUGUUGAAUAAGA